UUCCUUUCUUGUUUUCACCUUAAACUUUUACCAGAAGCUCCCUCUUUUAAAGUCAUCGGAUUUGUGCUGUUCUUGUUAAUUUUCUCUCCCAACUUGGAGUCCUUACCUAACUUUCUUUCAUUUUCUCAUCUGUAUUCCUCUCAUUUCUCAAUUUUCCCUAAUAAAAUCUCACAUUUUCUCUGUCUCUCUCUUCUCUCAUCUGGGUUCCUAAAAAAUUCUCUUCUUUUUACGAGAAAUGGGUGGUUGUUUAACCAAAAGUGGAGAUUCAACGCCUCAGCAUAAUAGUUAUGAUUACGGAUCAGAAGCAAAUCCUGUAGUUCAUCACCACGUUAAGGCUCAACCGGCUCAACAGGCCCAUCAAUUACCUGAAAAACCAGGUCACCAUGGAGCUUCAUCGCCAUACAAGCCAGCUGUUCCAAGUUCAAGUCCAACACCAGUUCACACUCACAGGGCAGACACUAUUCUUGGUAAACCUUUUGAAGAUGUUAAGUCACAUUAUACUAUUGGUAAGGAACUUGGUAGGGGUCAAUUUGGUGUAACUCAUUUGUGUACUGAGAAUUCAACUGGGAAAACAUUUGCUUGCAAGUCGAUUUCUAAGAGAAAAAUUGUGAAUAAAAAUGAUAAGGAUGAUAUCAGAAGAGAGAUUCAGAUAAUGCAACACUUGAGUGGUCAACCUAAUAUAGUUGAGUUUAAGGGUGCCUAUGAGGACAAGCAAUCUGUGCAUCUUGUUAUGGAGUUGUGUGCUGGUGGUGAACUUUUUGAUAGGAUUAUUGCUAAGGGGCAUUACAGUGAGAGAGCUGCAGCUUCAAUGUGUAGAAGUAUAGUGAAUGUUGUGCAUAUUUGUCAUUUUAUGGGGGUGAUGCAUAGAGACCUUAAGCCUGAGAAUUUCUUGUUGUCUAGCAAGGAUGAGAAUGCUCUUUUGAAGGCUACAGAUUUUGGAUUGUCAGUGUUCAUUGAGGAGGGAAAGGUUUAUCGGGAUAUAGUAGGAAGUGCUUACUAUGUUGCCCCUGAAGUUUUACACCGAAAAUAUGGGAAAGAAAUAGACAUUUGGAGUGCAGGAGUCAUGUUGUACAUUUUACUCAGUGGUGUACCUCCUUUUUGGGCAGAAACGGAGAAGGGAAUUUUUGCUGCUAUUGUGGAAGGGAAAAUUGACUUUGAAAGUAAACCAUGGCCAAGUAUAUCAAGCAGUGCCAAGGACUUGGUGCGGAGGAUGCUUACAGCUGACCCAAAAAAGCGGAUUACUUCUGCUCAAGUUCUGGAGCACCCAUGGAUUAGAGAAGGCGGAAAUGCAUCAGACAAGCCAUUAGAUAGCGCAGUUCUGUCUAGGAUGAAGCAAUUCAGGGCAAUGAACAAACUAAAGAAACUUGCACUGAAGGUCAUCGCAGAAAAUCUUUCUACUGAUGAGAUCCAAGGGCUCAAGUCAAUGUUUGCAAACAUGGACACCGACAACAGUGGCACAAUUACCUAUGAUGAACUGAAGGAAGGAUUAGCCCGAAUUGGAUCAAAGCUUACAGAAGCUGAAGUCAAGCAGCUCAUGGAAGCUGCUGAUGUUGAUGGAAAUGGAACUAUUGACUACAUUGAAUUUAUCACUGCCACGAUGCACAGACACCGGUUAGAACGAGAUGAACAUCUUUACAAAGCUUUUCAACAUUUUGAUAAGGAUAAUAGCGGGUUUAUCACGGUGGACGAAUUAGGAUCAGCCAUGAAAGAGUAUGGAAUAGGGGAUGAUGCCACAAUCAAAGAAAUAAUAUCUGAAGUUGACACAGAUAACGAUGGUAGAAUCAACUAUGAUGAGUUCCGUGAAAUGAUGAGAAGUGGAACGACCCAACCGCAAGCCAGACUUUUCUAAAUCAAUGCAUGGCUUUUGUUUUUUUUUUUUUGAGCAAUUCAGAUGUGCUUUGUAAAAAAAAAAAUCUGGGAGAUUAACGACUCACAGCCUGUGAGUGGACAUUCAUUUUUCUUUCAGAGUACUUUCUUUCCAUCAACUCCAAUAUGGAUAUCUUCAAAUUUGACA